CACUGUAGCAGGCUUUGCAGGGCUGCCUCUACACACUGCUAUUACUGCUUAUCGGAAGACCUUAGAGUCAGAAUCUUUUUGUGUAAGAGCUAUGAAUGCUGUGAGCAAUCCCAGUGUCUACAGCAUCUUCACAGCUGUUAGUCUCACUGUUCUUGUUCCUACUGGAGAAAUUACUGGUUCAGAAAUGACUUUGGUGUGUUUGGCAGAUUUUAAGGCACAAGCACAAAAGCAGCUGUCUAAGACCUCCUGGGACUUUGUUGAAGGAGAAGCUGAUGACGGCAUCACCUACAAUGACAACAUGGCAGCAUUUAAAAGAAUCCGCCUCCGCCCCAGAUACCUGAGAGAUGUGUCAAAUGUGGACACCAGGACCACAAUCCAAGGACAGGAGAUCGAUGCCCCCAUUUGCAUCUCACCCACAGCCUUUCACUCAAUUGCCUGGCCAGAUGGAGAAAAGAGCACAGCUAGAGCUGCUCAGGAGGCCAACAUCUGCUAUGUCAUCGGCAGUUACUCCAGCUAUACCCUGGAAGACAUUGUGGCUGCUGCCCCGAGGGGCUUCCAUUGGUUCCAACUCUAUGUGCAGCCAGACUGGGACAUCAACAAGCAGAUGGUUCAGAGGGUAGAAGCCUUGGGUUUCAAAGCUUUGGUGAUCACUGUAGAUGUGCCUAUACUUGGCAAUAGGCGAGGGAACAAGAGAAAUGAGCUGAAUUUGGAGGCAAACAUAAAGCUGAAGGAUCUCCGAUCCCCGGGAGAGAAAAAUUGCACACUUUCUGCUCUCUCGUCUCUGCCAAGUACAUCUUUCUGCUGGAAAGAUCUUUCCUUGCUUCAGAGAAUAACUCGGUUGCCCAUUAUCCUCAAAGGAAUUUUGACGAAAGAGGAUGCAGAAUUAGCAUUGAAGCACAACGUCCAAGGCAUCAUUGUUUCCAACCAUGGCGGGAGGCAGCUUGAUGAGGUUCUUGCUUCUAUUGAUGCUCUGAGGGAAGUGGUGGCUGCCGUCAAAGGGAAAAUUGAAGUGUACAUGGAUGGUGGGGUUCGAACUGGCAAUGAUGUGCUGAAGGCACUGGCCCUUGGAGCUAGGUGCAUUUUUCUUGGGAGACCAAUCCUUUGGGGCCUUGCCUGCAAGGGUGAACAUGGUGUUAAGGAAGUUUUGAAUAUUCUAAAAACAGAAUUGCACACUUGUAUGACACUUUCAGGCUGCCGAUCAGUUUCUGAGAUCAGUCCAGACCUGAUUCAGUUCUCCAGAUUAUAAGGACCUACCGAGAUUGGCUACAAGAGAAAUUCAAGCCUUCAACAUUGUUUGUGAUGCUGUUCUUCUUGGGUCCCAUCAUUCCUAGUAGCUUGAUUUCUCUACCCUCGAAAAUUGAGAUGGAUGAAGAAAAGAUAGCUAAUAGGUACAAGAGGGUGCAUUUGGAUGAAGGAAUAACAUGCAAUGUUCUACAGGAUAACUAUAGUUGACAAUCAAUUGACUAUGUCAAAUAACCAUGUUCCAGCAAGAAAGGAUAUAGUUACGUCUGAUGUGACAUAUCAGUUACCUUAAUUUGAUUAGUAUGUACAUUAUACAUUAUUGAAAUGUUAUACUAUGCCAUAAUUACGUGCAGUCACUAUGUAUCAAUUAAAAUAGCAAUAUAUGUUCAAAAAGAAAUGGGGACAGGGUUAUCCUGAUGUCAUUUUGCUCAUUCUUUCCUGAAAGAAAUAUUUCAAAAGUUUUAAUCCAUGUAGUCAAAGUCUGAAACAUAAUACAACAGAGACCAAAUGUGUGUAUGUAUGAAUUAUUCAAGGUUCUGACACAGCAUGUCACAAAAAUGUUAUGAUCUAUUGUUGACAGUAGCUGACCACAAAAAAAAGCAAGAAGAAGAUUUUGAAACUCAUUUUCAAGACUCUAUGAUUAAAUUAAAAUUAACUAUUCCAGCCACUUACUUAUACAUGAAAAAGAAGAUAUCUUUAUUCUGGUCAUAAUCAUUUUGUCAAAUAAAUCUAAGCCUUUUCAAU